AUGCUUUUCCUCCUUUUUUUCAGCAAUAUAGCCACCAGAACCACCUCAUUUGACAUCCAAGCACUUACCCUCACCGGAUUAAAUUUCCUCGUCGACGCUCACUUGUUCAACUACUGUGUUAGACUCACCCGAGAUCUCCCUAUCAUUGACUCUUGUGCCCAUAGGAUUUCUUACAACAAGCUUGUUAGAUUUCAGCGACAUCGGAGCCUUAAUCUAGAGAGUUUCUCAACGUAUUUUUCAUUAUUUAUAGCUAAUUUGAAUAUGGGUUCGAUUGGAGCUGGUUUGGAUUUUAUUGUAUCGUCGUAUGAUGAAGAGAUCAACAAUGUUGGUGCAUACUCGGGGUAUUCCUACCGAUGUUGUUAUCAUGAAUUUUGA